AUGCAACACAACACCACCACCACCGUGUCGUCGCCGGCCAAGAGAGGGAUCGUGAGCCUGCAGGGCCCGAGGCCACUGCCGCUGAGCCUGCCAACCACGUCGCCGCCUCGGCCGUCCAAGAGACCCCGCGUCGUCGUCGUCAACGGCGGCGGCGACGACGAUAAUGUCAGGGCACCGCAGGCGGCGGCGGCGCCAGGGCCAGUGAUCCUGUACGAGCACACGCCCAGGGUCAUCCACGCGCGCCCCGACGAGUUCAAGGCCCUCGUGCAGAGGCUCACCGGCCGGCCGCAACCGACCGCGGGCCGCGGCGAUCAGGAUCAUCAGGAGGCCGUGCUUCGGCCGGCAGUGCAGCCGCCGUCGUCGCAGUCGCAGCAGGACCCCCUGGUGCUCACGCUCGGGCAGCAGCAGGUCCCGCUCCCGCCGCCGGUGCUGCCUUCGCCGGGCGGUGCUGCUGGUGGUGGCUUCCUUCUCUCCCCGGGAAGCUUCCUCUUCUCGCCCGCCACCAUGCAGGCCAUACAGGAGCUCAUCAGCUGACCGCUUUCGCCCUUCUUCAGCUCUACUCCAUCUCUAGUCGAAUCUCCAGCUAGCUGCAGGCCUAGCUUUUGCCAACCAAGGGAGAGAGGGAGAGAGAGAGAGGAGUAACUAGUUCUUUCAUUCUUUUAUGA